GAGUGUGAGAAUUAAAAAGGUUUUGGUUUCUUCGGAGACAUAAAACCAAAACCCCAGACACUGUAGUGUCCAAAAUCAAAAUAGUGGAAGCGAGAGGUUUUACUUUUUGUGAAGUAAGAAAACCCUUUAUUCUUCUUCUCUUUCCGUUGCUAUGGCUCCCGAUGCUUCCGACGCACUUGCAGUGAGACAGAAAGUUCAACUAUUUCUCAACGCUGCUUGUUCCGGCAAUCUUGAUCUCCUAAAGAAAUUGGCGGGGCAGCUAGAUGAGGGAAAGGAUUUACCUAAGACAGUGGAAGCAAUAAAGGACGCAAACAAGCGAGGAGCACUUCAUUUUGCCGCUCGAGAAGGCCAAACUGAGGUUUGCAACUACCUCUUAGAGGAACUCAACCUUCAUGUAGAUUCUAAAGAUGACGAUGGCGAGACUGCUCUCAUUCAUGCUGCUCGUCAGGGACACACAGCCACUGCUAAAUAUCUUAUUGACCGUGCUGCUGAUCCUACUAUAGCUAGCAAUUUAGGGGCUACGGCCUUGCACCAUUCUGCAGGGAUAGGAGAUACUGAGCUGCUCAAGCAUUUGCUGUCCAGAGGAAUUAAUCCUGAUUUAGAAAGUGAUGCAGGAACUCCUUUGGUUUGGGCUGCUGGUCAUGCCCAACAAGCUGCUGUCAGUGUUCUGUUAGAACAUGGUGCAAAUCCUAAUGCUGAAACUGAUGAUGGUAUUACCCCACUCCUUUCAUCCGUGGCAGCCAAUUCUCUAGCAUGCUUAGAGCUGUUAAUUCAGGCAGGUGGUAAAGUAAAUGUUAGUGCUGGUGGAGCAACUCCUUUGCACAUUGCAGCUGAUAAUGGAAGUCUAGAACUUAUAAAUUGCUUAUUGAAAGCUGGAGCUGAUCCUAAUAUCUCUGACGAGGAUGGUGUCAAGCCAAUACAGGUUGCAGCUGCUAGGGGCAAUCGUGGAGCUGUUGACAUAUUGUUCCCCUUGACGUCCAAAAUUGAUACUGUUCCUACUUGGACUAUUGACGGGAUACUUGAGUAUAUGCAAUCUGAAACUAAAAAGCAACAGGAUGAAUUGGUAAAUGCUAAAGAAACUAAUCGGCCCAAGGAUGCUGUUUUUCAGGAGCAAAAUGUCCCUGAGGUGGCACCUGAAGCCAAAAAGAGAGCAGCAGAAGCAAAAUCAAGAGCGGAUGAGGCCUUUAAAAGCAAAGACUAUCAUAUGGCUAUAGAUUCUUAUACUCAAGCAAUUGAUCUGGACCCCACUGAUGCUACUUUGCUAUCCAAUAGAAGUCUUUGUUGGAUUAGAUUGGGUCAAGCUGAGCAUGCUUUAGCUGAUGCAAAGGCGUGCAGAGCAUUAAGACCAGAUUGGCCAAAAGCUUGUUAUAGGGAAGGGGCAGCUUUGCGUGUGUUGCAGAAGUUUGAUGAAGCUGCAAAUGCUUUUUAUGAGGGAGUAAAGCUUGAUCCCGAAAAUAAGGAGCUUGUAAAUGCGUUCAGGGAAGCUGUCGAAGCUGGGAGGCAAUUUCAUGGCAGAGCUGAAAAUAAUUCAUAGUUGGGCCUUUGCUAAUGCCCUGUUGCAGAGAGAAGAGACUAAAACAUUGCAGAUAGUAUAUCCUUGUUCAUGUAAUCCUAUUUUUCCCAAAAAAAGUGUUAUGUGUUUUCUUUCAUGAGGUACAGGCGUACAGUUAGGUAGUAAUCUAUUUCAUUAAAAUAUAAAUAGUAAUUAAAAUGGUUGAGCUUAUGUGACAUCUUGGAAAUCGUUGAGGCAUUAGUACAUUUAUUAACAUGGCAAUGGGAACAAUUGCAUAUCAUCAAAUUUCAAUCACCAGUUUUAAUUUUGGUGACUCUGAAUGAUUUC